CGCCAUGUCCCGCUGUUUCCAGGAGUCUGUCUGUGGAGGAUCAGUGAUGCUGGCCGGACCCAUCCCCACCCUGCUCCUGCUGUGCCUGGCGACCCCCAGCUGGCAGCAGCCCCCGCGGAUCCAGGUGCGGCUGGCGGGGGCCAGGAGCCAGGCUGGCGAGGGGCGGCUGGAGGUGCUGUAUGACGGGCAGUGGGGGACCGUGUGCGACGACGACUUCGACAUCCACGUGGCCAGCGUGGCCUGCAGGGAGCUGGGCUUUGAGUCGGCCGUGACGUGGGCCCACAGCGCCAAGUAUGGCCACGGGGAAGGCCCCGUCUGGCUGGAUAACCUGCGCUGCGCUGGCACCGAGCGCUCCCUGGCUGAGUGCCACUCCAACGGCUGGGGCGUGAGUGACUGCCACCACGGAGAGGACGCCGGCGUCGUGUGCUCGGCCCGGCACCCGCCCGGCCCUCGCUCCCCGGGCCCAGCCCCCGGCCUUCAGGGAAGGAAGCUGGAAGAGGUGCGGCUCAAGCCAGUCCUGGCCUGGGCGAAGCUGAGCGUGCCCGUCAGCGAGGGCGUGGUGGAGGUGAAGCACGAGGGGCGCUGGAGGCAGGUGUGCGACGCCGGCUGGACCAGGAACAACAGCCGCGUGGUGUGCGGGAUGCUGGGCUUCCCCCGGGAGAAGCGGCUCAACACCGGCUUCUACAGGGGCCUGAGCCAGAAGAACGCGUUCUGGAUCCACCGGGUCAGCUGCCUGGGCACGGAGCCCCACCUGUCCCACUGCCCGGUGCAGGUGUCCCCUGCCGCCCGGCGCCAGCCCGCCUGUGCCCAUGGCAUGCACGCCGUCGUCAGCUGCGUCCCGGGCGCCGAGUUCCAGACCGCCAAGGCCAAGCCGUUCCGCAAGGGCCCGCGGGCAGAGGGGCCCCGGGUGCGUCUCCGGGCUGGCGCCCAGGUGGGCGAGGGCCGGGUGGAGGUGCUGCAGCACGGCCAGUGGGGCACCGUGUGCGACGAGAAGUGGGACCUGCUCGCAGCCAGCGUGGUGUGUCGGCAGCUGGGCUACGGGACGGCCAGGCAGGCCCUGGCGGGGGCCCAGCUGGGCCAGGGCCUGGGCCCCAUCCACAUGUCCCAGGUUCAGUGCACAGGCUACGAGCGCUCGCUCCAGGAGUGCAGCUUCCAGGAGGCAGCGCAGAGCGGCUGCCGGCAUGAGGCCGACGCUGCCGUCCGGUGCAACGUGCCCCACACGGACUAUCAGAGCCAGGUGCGCCUGGCGGGGGGCCGCAGCCCCGAGGAGGGUGUGGUGGAAGUGUUGGUGCCGGUGGGGGGUGCCCUGAAGUGGGGCGCCGUGUGCGGCGAACGGUGGGGGCUGAACGAGGCCAUGGUGGUCUGCAGGCAGCUGGGGCUGGGCUUCGCCAGCCACGCCCUCCAGGAGACCUGGUACUGGCAGGGCAGCCCAGAGGCGGGCGAGGUGGUGAUGAGCGGCGUGCACUGCACGGGCACCGAGCUCAGCAUCCAGCAAUGCCAGCGCCACGGCCCCGUGCACUGCCCGGCGGGCGGCGGGCGCUUCUCUGCCGGGGUCAGCUGCACCGACACCGCCCCGGACCUGGUGCUGGACGCGCAGGUGGUGCAGGAGACGGGCUACCUGGAGGAGCGGCCGCUCGCCAUGCUGUACUGCGCCCAUGAGGAGCGCUGCCUCUCGCACUCGGCCGACCACGCCGACUGGCCCGACGGGUACCGGCGCCUGCUGCGCUUCUCCUCCCGGAUCCACAACCUAGGCCGAGCCGACUUCCGGCCCCAGACCGGCCGCCACGCCUGGGUCUGGCACCAGUGCCAUAGGCACUACCACAGCAUCGAGGUCUUCACCCACUACGACCUGCUGACGCUCAACGGCUCCAGGGUGGCUGAGGGGCACAAGGCCAGCUUCUGCCUCGAGGACACCAACUGCCCCCCAGUCCUCUCCUCUCCUCCCCAGGUGGUCGUGAACCCCAAGCACGAGGUGGCAGAGUCCGAUUUCUCCAACAACGUCAUGAGGUGCCAGUGCAAGUACGACGGGCACCGCAUCUGGCUGCACGGCUGCCGCACAGGGGACCAGUACGGCGCCGACGCGGUGCGAGAGCUGGAGCAGCAGCAGCGCCUGGCCACUAACCUCAUCUGAAGCACGUGGGGUGGAGCUGAGCCGGGGGAGCCCCCAACCGCGGGCGUUGGGGGGCUGAGUGCUGCCCCCUGCACAGCAGCCGCAGGGGGCGGAGGCUGGGGUGGGGGGGUCACACUGUGUCCCUGGGCUUGGGCCUUCCUGCCAGCCCCGGGGCUCCCCCGAGAGCACCCCCACAAAGGCCCCCCUGUGCUGGGGGGGGCAGCUUCUCUCCUAGGCCCGUGCUGGGGUGGGCAGGCCAGGGCCCCCCCAGUCUUGCUUAUUGUCCCACUGGUCCCUGCCUCCCCGGGCUGGGGCAGCCGUGACUGCACUCAGGGAGCCUUGGCAUUUAUUGGGGCUGGAGGGCGAAGGGGCUGGCGCUUACCUAACGCCCGGGGGGAGGGUACCACGACUCGCUCCAGCAGGAGCCUGCCUCCGCCACCCAUCCCAGGCCGACUACCUCAGCCACCCCAGCUGCCAGCACAGCCCUGUGCCUGUAGGGCCCAGCCCCCUUGUCUCAGGAGCGGCCGCGGGCCUAGCACCACUUGUGCAAGCACUAGCGUGUCACUAAUAAAGGUUUUGUGCAAGUCGAA